GCGAACACAUACGUCAAAAACGUUUUGCAGGACCAAGCAACUAGACAAAAUCUGCUUUACGUAAUGUCAUCAGACAAAAGAGCUGAUAAGAACAAGCAAACAGACAUGGGAGUAACUUUCUCUUCAAAACCGGAAACGACAGGGCAAACAUCUGGAGCAGCGAAUCUGGUAGAUGCAGACUCUACUAGUCCACGAAGUGUAUUGCAACUAGAACCGGUUAAAAAUCUGUUAAACGCGGUAGAUAAGUUGUCAGAUUUGCUUGACCAUGCGAAGUCUGAUAUCAAAUCGUUACUUGAAACAGAGCAAGGCAAUCAACAGCUGCUGAAGACUGUGGACGAAUUGCACAAAACACUGGAGUCUACAAAGCAGGAAACCAUGGCAAACGUCCAGAGUUUAAAUGCUUUACUGGAACAUCAUCGAAAUUCAGAAGCGGGUUACAAAGAAAAAUACGAAACUGCCUAUCAGUUACUUUCGAAAUACAAAGAGGGUUGCAGACAAUUAAAUGAAAACUUGAAACUUGCCAAAGGAGAUGUAGACAGAUUAUCUGGCGACAAAGUAAAUCUGCGGGAAAGGAUUGAUGCCCUUAACACAGAAAACAACACGAUUAAGCAAGAAUUGUCGGAAUGCAAAUCAAGGUUAAGUAAGUUGCUGAGCGACAGGUUAACUGACAACAAUCCACAGAUUGCUGAUCUUAGUGACUCAAACCGACCGACGAAGUUGGCUGAGAAACACUCGGAACUGUAUGACAAUCAGUGGACAGACGCAUUCGAAGAGCUCCAGAAAAAAUUUGAUGACACGGAUUCAGUACAAAUACUCCUAAAAUGCCUGAUGAGGGUGCAUCGAUUCUGUACAGAACAAGCAUCUGAGCAAGUCCGUCAAUUAAAGCAAGUAGCAUACAUGCAGCAAACGGAGGAAAUGCAACGUUCCGACGCCGCUGAACUGAAAGCAAUGAUAAAGGUGAUCAGAAAACAUACAACGGAGAUAAACGUACACAAUGUCUGCAAGGCUUUUGCUUCGAAGUAUCCAAUAUAUACCGAAGAUCCAAAAAUCUUGAAGUACGUUGAGGAGUGUGUCAGACUCUGCUGGUUGAUGAACGCACAAGACCCAUCGGUAGUAUUUGGCGAAACACCACAAGAAAAUGCAGAGUUCAAUGUUGACCUUUAUAAGCCAUUCACACAAAAAGGAGUAACCAUGCAGUAUCUUGUCUGGCCUGUACUUUUACUGAACGAAGGAGGAGCAUUGCUUGCUAAAGGCAUAGCACAGGGGUGUAAAGCAGUGAAGAAACCUGAGUUAGGUACUCGAGCUGGAACGGAAAGUAGGCCUAAUCAGGGUGAGCCAAAUGUGUCGACUAACCAUGAUGAUUCUGCCACAACCUCAAGCGGUUUCGCGGGCAACGACACACCUUCAUUUCAAGAUGCGCAUGUUAAAAGGAAUGCAGUCGUUGGCCACACAGAUUCACAAGCUGUGAAAGGUGAUUCAAAUAAAGGUAGCGCACGCACUGUCAUCAACAUUCCAAGUAGCGCAAAACAUAGCGUUUUAACAACACAGUCUGUUGAUUCUGGUUCAGUCGUUCCGACGUACCGCCAGCCAGAAAGCCCGGGUAGCCAAAACAUAGGACCGACUUACAAUUCUAAUUUGAGUGAAUCUCGCCGAGUCGCAGCUUCACAUCCUGCCAAUGGUACUACUUCCCAGCAGCAGAAUAUGAACGCAACAACUCACGGCAGAACCGUUAUUAACGAAAAUGGACCACCUCCAGAAAUGGGAUUGUAUUACGAAUAUUAUAGAUUAGGAAAAAUAGAAUGUGCGAAAAGAUUGGGAAUAGAUGUGUUCCUUAAAUGUGAUGCCUAUCACAAAUCUGGUUUUGGGAGUAAAGAUUAA